AUGCAGACAAACUUUCUUUCCCAGCAAUUUAGUGCUGGUUCUUUGGCAGAAAACUCUACGGCUUGUCCAGCAAAUGCUACUAUUUGUGAUGGCACAUCUUGUGUAUUACCAGAAGAUAAUUUUAAUCAAACUUUGAGCGUAGUUUUAAGUACUGUUCUAACAAUCAUGCUGGCUUUGGUGAUGUUCUCCAUGGGCUGCAAUGUGGAAAUUAAGAAUUUCUUGGGCCACAUAAAAAGACCCUGGGGUAUAUUUGUGGGUUUCCUUUGCCAGUUUGGAAUUAUGCCUCUCACAGCCUUCUUGCUUUCUUUGGUCUUUAACAUCCUUCCAAUUCAAGCUGUCGUCGUGCUGAUCAUGGGAUGCUGUCCAGGGGGCACAGCCUCAAAUGUCAUCGCCUACUGGGUGGAUGGAGACAUGGAUCUAAGCAUCAGCAUGACAACUUGCUCCACUCUGCUUGCAAUGGGAAUGAUGCCACUUUGUCUCUUUAUUUACACCAAGAUGUGGACUGAUUCUGAUGCAAUUGUACUCCCCUAUGACAGCAUUGGACUUUCUCUGGUAGCUCUUGUAAUUCCUGUUUCAUUUGGAAUAUUUGUCAACCACAAAUGGCCUGCUAAAGCGAAAAUCAUACUUAAGGUUGGUUCCAUUGUGGGGGCAGUGCUCAUCGUGCUCAUUGCUGUGGUUGGGGGAAUACUCUACAAAGGCUCCUGGGUUAUCACACCAAAAUUAUGGAUCAUUGGCACCAUAUUUCCAGCAGCUGGCUAUACUUUAGGAUUCUUUCUGGCUCGUGUUGCUGGUCUGUCUUGGCACAGAUGUCGUACAGUGUCUCUGGAAACAGGCAUGCAAAACACUCAGCUGUGUUCAACUAUAGUACAGCUCUCAUUCACUCCUGAACAACUUGAACUGAUGUUCACUUUCCCACUCAUCUACAGCAUUUUCCAGCUGUUAUUUGCACUACUGAUUUUAGGAGGCUACCGUCUUUACAGAAGACACCGUGUCAAAACAAAAACAGAUGUUGAGAAAACAGCACAAGAAUCGGAUUUGAAAUCAAGUGCUAAAACAAAUGGAGGAUUUGUAUCAGAUGAGAUGAAAUAGACAAUUACAUCUGCUCCCACCACCAGUGAAGAUAAAUAAUAUAUGGUUUAUUUAGAACUUUUUUUUACAUAAAUAUUUAACAGAAGAAGAAGUUCUGCUGAUAUUGUACAGUGAGACUUUAAAAUUAUUAACUUAAGAAAUAUCUACUUUGAUUUUGAACAUGGUUUUUGCCACAAUUGUAGAAUCUGGUUUUGAGGCUAAUUCCCUAAAUAUAUGCAAUGUUUUAUUAUGGAUUAUUUAACAAAAGCAGAAUAAAAUUGGGCUAUUGCUAAAAACCAGCAGAUAUCUGCAGUACUAACCCCAGCCCAUGAUCCUGAAAAUCUAUCUGCUAGUCUCAGCCCCACACAAAACAAAAAGAAAUCUUGUGAAAGUAUCUGAGCAGGAACAGGAGUUGAUAUGGAAGAUGUGGUAAGGCUGAAUAUGAAUCAAGCAUGAAAUUAGACUAAGACAAUAAUGAAAUAAAAGUUUCAUUUAGGUCAGUCUGGGCAGACUAAAGCACUGUUUUAAUUGCUUGAAGCAUUAAUUUACUCUAAAGGUAUAAUUUUAGCUAGUGCAAGGCACCUUAUGCCUCCAUUUUCCCCCCUCCCCAAAGUAAUAGAAAGUAAUAGAAUGCAACAGUCUUACAUCUUCAGUCUGGGUCUUUUAGGUGCUGGAAAGAGGAACAGAGAGACAAAGGUGACUCAGUCACCUAAGCCUUGAGCAAUUUUAGUGACAGAAGUGACGGCUGCAUACAAAGGAGCAAGCAGAGAUUCUGGAAUUGUAAGGAAUUAUCAGCUUUUGCACUGAAAGGAAGGCAUUUGAAAAUGGAACCAAAAAAUUCCCUGACUAAAAAUUCAUCCAGGACUACUUACACCAAUCUUAACAUGAGACAGCAGUGCUUGAAGAGAUCCAUAUAUUUUUGCAAUUUUGUGAGCUAAACAAAUUUGAACCUGCCAGAUGUCUAUGACAUGUAGACAAUAGUGUAGCUGACAAUUUUAAGAUUUUAUUUGUAUCAACCACCAGUAGAAAUAAUUAGAUGUACACAUACAUUAUACAUUGUUUCUGAAAAUUCAAGGGUGUGUGUGGAAAUCUCUCCUAAUUGUGUGGAAAAAAUUAGUACAAUUCCAGGAGAAACAGUGCAGUAAACUCCUUGCAGCUGUUAUUUCUUAAAGAAACACUCAGUAACAUUAGUCCUGUAGCUGUUAUGUAGAGUAAAUAUCCAGGGAACUUCAGGUAAAUGAAUGAGAGGUUGGCUAAUUAAAAAAUUCAGGAGUGAACUGACUAUGAGCACAUGGAUGCAAUACACCUUUGAUCACAUCCAAGUAGACCUUCCAAGGUAUGGUGAGCUAAUGGGGUAGGGUUUUUAACAAACACAUCUGAAAUUGUGGGAUUUAAGUUCCCAGAGUGCAGCUUUCCACUGUUGCAGAAACAUGCCCAGUACUAAACAAAGAAUAAAUUAUUGUUGUCUACCAUAUUUUGGGGAAAGGUUCAUAAAAUGUUCCUGAGUUCUGUGAGGCUUGAAGCUGCUUUACUUUUGACAGAGAGGUUGGAAUGGUCAUAACUUCCAAGGAGGAGUUCAACACUGAGUGGAAGUUAAUAUGCAACAAGCUGUUCUGUGUUUUAUAGAACAAAGAUUAAACAAAACAAUGUGGCAAAGACUGUUAUGGAGAAGUCAUAAAUUGUGAAAUAACACAUUCAUCAAGAAAAGGAUAAGCUGUUAUUUGUAACAUCUGUACUAAAAUUGUUACUGUCUUACUCCUGCAUCUGUCAAAAAAUGGACAGUGGAAGUUAGGACCAUGUGUUUCUUACACACAAAGCUGCUACUCUUCCCCCAUGCUUACUGAACUUCAAUGCUUCUGUGUAUAUUUCAAACAGAUCCUGAAAAUGUAUUGAAGAAUAAUAGUUUGUCUUGCUUAUACUCUGUGUGUGUGUGUCUGUG